AUGCUGUGUGUGGACCGGCUGUCGGACGAGUACGCGGACCGGUCGUCGCCCAUCAUCGUGUCCAUCACGGAGAGCGAGGCGGAGCUGCGGGAGGAGGACGAGGACGACCCGGCGGCGGUGGAGCGGGUGUCAGAGCGGGCGGCGGCGGCGGCCCAGCAUCAGGCGGGGGCGGGGGCGGGGCCGUACGGCUGCCCGCACACCAAGCAGUCGAAAAAGCGACGGCGCCUGGAGUACGCGGCGGCGCCGCCCACGCCCGAGCCCCCGCCCGCGCCCGCGCCGUCGCGCCGCGCGCUGCAGCCCUGCGCCGCAAGGGACAAGUUUGCCUCGUUCAGCGAGUACGUGGCCAGCCAGCUGCGCGAGCUCACGCCCAGCGCGCAGAACAUCACCAUGUACGUCAUCAACACGGCGUUGUUCAACGCGGCCAUGGGCCUCUACGACGACGUGGGCGGCACGCCCGGGAGCUGCACCAUUAAUCUGAUGCCGUCGGCUGUGUACAUUCAGGAGGAACCUUUGAGUGAAGACCACAAAUGA